CUCCCCCACCACUUAUUUACGUAUCACUUGUGUAUACUUCCAACAAUGAAAUAUUUCCAAUUGAAUUGUCGAUGAACCAAAUACAAACUCGUUCCCCUCUGUCUAUCUUUUUCAUUUGUCCACAAUAACAAUGAAUAAUCGCAUCGCACUCGGGCAUUGAAUAAGACAACAACACAACAUCACGUUAUUAUCACUCACGAAUAUUGACGAGGAAUUUUCAACGUACUUCCACACUCGUCCGCGUCCCGCGUUGUACUGAACUCUAAUUUACCCCCGCGCCCCGCGUACCCACAAGUGGCGCCCUGUGUAGUUCCGACGUCGACGUGCUACGUCGUGCGACGUCCUCGUCUUCCUCGUCGCUGACACUCGCCAUAAACUUCCUCUCUCUUCUUACACCAAACUGCCACUUUACUCUGUCUUAUCUGUCCACCGAUAACUGUUUUUAUUUUGUUUUCAAUGACCUGUCUCCCCAUCGACGGACACCGGACCUCACUGAGAAAUCCCGCCUUUUUUAAUCGGAAUUGCUCGCCGGCAUGACCCCAGAAGAGGGCGUCUGGGAGGGAUAAUUUGUUUUGGCUGUUGGAAGCAUUGUGAUCGGUGGUAUUUAUAUUUUGUCCUUUUCUGUGUUUGUUUACCGAAUUAUUUGGUGUGAAUAGACGGAAUUAUUUUUCCUGAACUAUUUCUAGUCUGCUACCAUGAAAACUCGAGAAUUCAUUUGAAUUUCAUUUGCAAAUUGAUUUUUCAUAACCUUUUUUCCUCUUCGAUUUCAAAUCGGAUUCCAUAUCACUUUGACAAGAAUUACUGCCAUAUAUACAUUGAUAAAAUCCAUUCUAAAAUCCAUUGAAGGCAUCGAAUAUUCGAAUUAGUAAUUCUGGGGUUAAUUAAGAGAUGAAAUCUCCGGAAAUAUAUUUCUAAAGUGGCGUUCCAUCAGACUGGAUGAAUGGACAAGUCCGGUCAUAAGUAAUCAAACUAACCAGGAAACACUUUUCAUCAAAUUAUCCAUCACUGAUCUCAAAUCUCGGCAUGAAAGACAGAAAAAAGAAUUCAUAAUUUUGUGUUUUCGUUUGUGCGCGUCUCAAGUUGCAAUUAUCUCUUUUAUGAGACAUCGAUGUGUCAGUGGCGUGUGAUUGGCGCGUCCCAAUUAGUGUUGAAUAAUUAUUCAAGUGUCUAAUCACUGCCUAUCUAAGGAGAACGAUCGUAGGGAAUAAAUGGAAUACUCACUACUAUUGAGGGUGGAAACCAAUACCUGAUUAUUUCGAAUUGUCCGGAAAAACUCACUACUCCAGAGAUCCUGCAUCCAUCGCUGGGCCCUUGAUGACAAGUUAGAGUGAGAAAACCAAUAUUUAUUCGUUCUUCGAAAAAUUGAGCGGCUUGCAGUGCCACAGGAUGCCGAAAACACAGGCUUAACGCAGUCUUGGGAAAUUUUGAGAACCACCGGAGGGGUAUGAAUUGGUUGAACAAGUGCAUCUCUUCUCUUGGGGGCUGCAUUCUCCCGGCAUUCUGAAAUACAAUGGGUUCGGGUGUGGAGAGCAGGAUGUAAAAUAUUUCUACUAAUGUCUGCGAGUCGAUUCUCGAUAUCGAUAGAAUAAAAUCAGAGGGGGUGGAUAAACAAAGACCUUUUGCGAGUCCCACGCAAAAAACUGUUCCAAAUCCAAAAAAUAUAUCGCGGAAUAAACGCGUGGAAUGAUCUGUAAGUGAAAAAAUCGAUUACUCAUUGAAAAAAUAAAGAGGGAAUAAACGUGGACACUAUCACCGUUAUCACCGCCGUAAACAUCGAUGAUUACCGCCAAUUAUCAUCAUGUUGGUGACACAUGAGCUGAUUACCCAUUCGCUCAGUAGAAACGAACACUAGGUCGAUAAAUGCUGACAUAACAGUGCAAUACAAUUGGAAUCCAUGAAUGGAGUAGUUAAACGUCACCCCGGAAAUGUGUCGUCUACUCCUGCUGUUGGUUCUACAUCUGAAUCUCCUGGACUUGUCAUCCUCCGAGGAUGAGACCCUCGUAAUCCUGACGCUGUCACCGGCGGAAGAAGAUGAAACGACACGAAAGAUAGGAGUGUAUUACCAUUGCCCAGAUUGUGCUCCUGGUGAUGUUCUGAGAGUCGCUGACGAACACCAGAUCUUCGAGAAAAUUAUCGGAGACCCCAGGGGUUUCCUGAGGACCGACCUUCGAGUCUCGCCGGAAAGCUUCAGUGAUAUCACUGCAACGAUUCUUCGUAAUGGAGAGUUGAUAUACUCUAGUCCUGUGAUAGAUCGCGCCAACUGGAUGCACGAUAAUAAAUCUAUCCUGAAAUAUCUCUCCUUGCCACAACUUGUGAUACCAGGAACCCAUCAAUCCGGUGCAUACGAUCGACCCGAGACCCACGGGAUAUGGAAUCUUUGUCAGGAUCUGUCGAUAGAAGAUCAAUUGACCUUGGGAAUUCGUUACAUCGACGUGCAACCGUCUUGCAAAAGGAUCGAAGAUCAAUGCCAGUCCUUUUUCAUGGAGUACUCCUUAUUGGAGAUGCUGCCCAUGGACGCAGUCUUCUCUGAAAUAAAGGGUUUCUUGAAUCGAACUAAUGAGAUAGUCAUUCUCUCUUUGAGUGAUUUCUCCAGUGAAUUCCAGAGUGACGAAGAUCACGCAAGAUUCAUGGAAUUCAUCAAGCAUGAACUCGCGGACGAUCUCUUCUCUUUCAACACGACUUCCCACGGGUGGUCAACACCUUUGGGCAAAAUCUGGAAAGCAGAGAAGAGACUUAUCAUUUCGUAUAAUUACGGGGGGCCAGUGGAUCCAACUUUCGGAACUGGAGUUCAACCGUUCUGGUGCAACUGUCAGAGAUCUGAUGAUCUCCAUGUCUUUUUCGCGGAUCCGCAGAAGCGGAAGAACUGGGCCAAUAGGAAAAUUCCUAGUGUUGAUGUUGUUGAGUUGAUUCCUGGCUGGCAAACGGUGGUCCCUCAAGACUCCUCGAAUUCUGCGGAGUCCUCUCCUCCCUUCAGUUUCAAAGCCUGGACCGAGGAAUUCUCCCCGAAAGUUUGCGAAUGGUACCACGAGCAGUGGAAUGCCACCUCCAAUGUCGUCGUCGUUGACUUCUUCGAAACUACUGGAGUUGUUGAUCUCGCUGUUCAUUGGAAUAAAAAAAGGGGUGAGGAUACGAUGAAGAAAAUCACUUCGGCAUAAUAAAUAUACCUGAGACUAAAAAAUACAUGAAAUAUUCCCUGUUAAAUAAAUUAAAUUGAAAUCUAUUUUCCAUUUGUUUAAAUACAAGAGAUUUCUGGUGACAAAUAGA